AUGGACGCCCGCGCGGCCGUUUCGCCGUCCUCCCUCACGCCAUCGUUUCCCCCUCCCCGCGUCGCAGUCGUGUACACCCCGCGCCCCGGUCUGUUCGCGGACCUGUGCCUGUGCGUCGACGCGCAGGGGCUCAGGAUCCUGCGCGCGGAGAUCUCCGGCGCGGGCGCGCUGCGCGCCUAUCGCUUCUGGGUCGUGGACGACGAGACCGCGUUCAAGCUCGAACACGCGCACCUGAACCCGAUAUCCCUCGCGAUUCGAGACGCGGUCGUGAAGCAGGGCGCGUGGCACUCCGUCCACGGCGCGGACGCGGUGAAGAUCAGCGGCGAGGCGUUCCUCCGCGUGGACGCGCCGAGGCACGCGCUGAGCCUCAGGCGCGACUUUCUUUUCCCGUCGUCACUGUUAUCCCACCCCUCGCGUUCAAUCCCGACACACCUCGACACCUUUCAACUCCAACUGAUUGACGCACCCCUCAACUCCACCCCGACGUUCGCUUUGAAUGAUGGACCCUCGACCCUCAGGGCGCCCGACCGCGUCGGCCUCCUCCGCGACGUCGCCGCGACGCUGUUGCACCGCGGCGUGGACUUCGACUCCCUCCGCACGUUCACCGCGUGGGGCUCCGACAGCGUCCCGACCGCGGUCGUGGAGGGGUCCGUCGUCGCGGACGAGCGCGUCGCGGAACGCGUCGGGACGCGCGUCAGCGGCGGCGCGGAGUGGGAAGAGGUGAUGCGCGCGUUGCGCGACGUCGCCGUCGGCGGGCUCGAGCGCGGAGGCGUCCCCGCUUCCGCGAUCGCGACGAUGACCGGCGGGCGCGGGUCGCCGACGAGGACGGCGCACGCGGACGAUGCGAUGGAGGGCGCGCACGACGACGAACGGGGAGGGGGCGGGGGGACGAUAUCGCGCGCCAAAGCCGGCGCGGGGAUGCGAAAGGCGCGUUCUAUACACUGA